AAACUUGUGAGUUUCUGCUUGCAAAACAACCCCCUCAUUUCAUAAGGCCGAGAAGAAGCCAUUUCCCCAUCAAGUGACCGGAUCUAAGAAAGAGAAACAGAAAGUCCUGAUAGCCUUUCCCCCAAGGUCUGCAGGAUCCUAAGUAGUCACGGGGGCCCAGCCCUGGGCAUGUGACUGGGACAUUGUGGUUCUAGUUCAACCAUCCCAGCCCUCCAGUCGUGCUGCAGGAACCCAAGCCCUGGGGCAGAAGGCAGCUUGUGGCAGCGAGGAGCCACAAGAAGCCACGCAGCUGCUCGGUGCCUGUGGCCAAAGCCGUCCUCUGAAGAAGCCCUGCUUGAGCCAAAUAGAGAGGGAGCCAAGAGGGACGUGAUGCUGCUUGUGACCCAUGUGCUGGCCUUCGGCGUUUGGCUGGUGGCACAGAGUGAGGCUACACCUAGUGCCCCCACAAUCUCCAUCUUCCUGAAGCCACCUGGGGUGAUCCCACCAGGAGGCUCUACCACCAUCUGCUGCAUUUGCCAGUGCAGCAAUGGCAAUGGGGGCUUCCUGCUGUACAAGAAUGGCCACAGGCUCCGUACCCUAGAGCAGAGUGGCAGCAGGGCCGAGUUCUCCAUCUCUAAUGCCACCUGGAAGGAUGAAGGCCCCUACAACUGCCAUUACCUGGAGGGAGACACUGUGCUGGCUCGAAGCCAUGAACUGGAUGUCAUUGUGAAAGAGUUCCGUCUCCCCAGACCCAACCUCUCUGUCCUGCCUGGUCAUGAGGUGACUGCCGGGGCUGGUGUGAGGUUCCACUGCACCUGCACACACCCCGGCACCAUCUGUUUCCUGUACCUGGAGGGCCAGAGCCGAGCCCAGGUACACUCAAGGGAACAAGGGGACUACAGCCUCUCCCACGUGCAGGAAGGGGACAGCGGCCGCUACAGCUGCCAGUGCACCACCAUCACCUUGAAAGAAUGGUCUGCUGUGAGCAACACCCUGCACUUGGUGGUGAGAGAUUACACGCUGUGCAACACCGUGCGCCUGGCGCUGGCGGCCGGGCUCCUGCUGCUGCUGGGGCUGAUCACGGCGGAGGCGGCGCGGAGCCGCUGCGGCCGCGGCUGCAGGAGCCGCCCGCUCCCCGCGGGCAGCGCUGCCCCGCCGGGCACCGCCGCGGCACCGCCGCCGCUAUUCCCCUCCAGCAACUCGCGUUGGGAUAAAUAAACCGUGCCUAUCGCCGUCCCUGACACGAUUCCUGCCCCUGUCCCGGUCCCGGCUGCCUCGGGGGUCCCGCGGGGCGGGCGGGCGGUGGAACACCCCGGAACACACGGGUCACUGACCGCUGCACUGACCGCUGCACUGACCAUUCCACUGACCGCUAUGCUGGCUGCACAGGGAUCUCUGCCGUGACCACUGCAGUGACAAUUCCACUGACUGCUAUGCUGGCUGCACAGGGAUCUCUGUGGUGACCAUUGCACUGACAGCUAUGCUGGCUGCACGGUGAUCUCUGCAGUGACCGCUGCACUGAUCCCCAGCCACACAGUGACCGCUGGACCGACCACUCAACUGACCACUCUGCUGACCACUCCUGGCAUGCAGUAACUGCUCCAGCCAGGUUGUACCUGCUCCCGCACGGUGACUGCUCCUGCUGCACACUGACCACGCCAGUGACCUCCCUACUGCACAGUGACCACGCUCCCACGCAGUGAUGGGUGCACUGACCUCUCCCAGCACA